AUGAAUGAAGAAUUUGAACCAGGAGAUUUGGGACCUUACACCGUGGUUGUCAUGACGACGGCGCAGCUCAUGAGUCUCCGCAAGACGACGCUGCUCUCACAAAUGCGACGCCUUUUCCCGCUUUUCUUGUAUUCUUGUAUUUCGUGUGAGAAGCCAGAAGUUUGCUAUCCCUGGGUGGUUCGCCAUCGAAUCGAUUCAAUAUUGCCGACGAGCCAUUUGUUUUGUGUGAAUCGUCAAAACGACGCCAUCGAAUACGAGCAUUUGGAAAUUGUGCAAACCGAAGAGCAAUGGAACGAUUAUUCAGCGAGGCGCAAUGUUGGCGACGAUUCCGUCGAGAUUCCGAAGAAGCGAGAAUUGGUCGAGAUUCGAAUAGGCGAUCGGAUUCGGCCGCUUCAUUUGCCGGCGUCGAUUUCGUCGAAUUCGGAAUGCUCCGGAACGCAAAUCAUAGAAUGGUCGAGAAAUUUGACGAUUCGCUGCAAGACCCAAUUGACGAAGUGCGAAUCGCUUGGCGUUGGCGACAUGUUUGGCGAGACGCUCGUAUGGAAUGGCACCAAUAUUCCAUAUGUGGUGCACACGCCACUGGUGCAACCGAAAUGGAAUGGAAGCGCGUGCAUCGGAGCGCCGAAGCUGAUUGUUCUCGAGAUUCGCCAAAAUCGAACGAAUGUGAUCGGCGUCGAAUUGAGCGUCGAAUAUUCGACGAUCGGCGGCGACGCGUACGAGCGGCAAUUUCGUGUGGAAUUUGUCGAAUGGCGACCGCCCAUCGCCAAUGAAUCGCUAUUGGCGCAAUAUCGCGAUGGCGAGCCGAUUUUUGCGGUCAAUGGAAUCGUCGCGAUGCCUCUGGUAAUCCCAUCGCUUUCCGAAUGCAAUUCGCGCGGCUCGAAAUUGGAAACGGUGAAAUUCAAGCGAUUCGUGUCGACGGUUUGCGAGUUGGCGACGACGAGCUGCGAGCACGCGAAAUCGGCGUCGCGUGCGUUCUACGCGAAUCUGUUUCCGCGCGAGAUUCUCUCGGCGCCCACCGACGAUUCGGAAGCGGCGCUCGUGCAUCGCGUCAACACGACGUGGGACGAGAAGGCGCCGUCGAGCGGCGCCUGCCGGCUGCCGGUCGCCGCGCUCUUCGAAGUCUACGUCUCGCGGCAAGGCACCACCAGGGAAUACCGCGAGUUGAUUGUGGCGGCCAGUGUACAAUUAAGCCUAGACUAUAUUGUGUAUAAUCCUGGCGACAAGCUAAAACUGCCAAUCACCAUAAAAUUCACUGAAAUCAUACCGAAGCCGAUAUCGACGUUCGCCUCACUUCCUUAUAUCGACCUACGACUUCCCUAUGAUUUCUUCUAUCCAUUUAUCAAAAGCUCGGCAAAUUGCUCAAUAUCGAUGCUACAAACUCUCAUAUUUCUCGAAAUUGUCUCAUUAUUUGCAUGA